AUGUACAAGCCCAUCUGUUGGCCCCCUGGCUUAGCUGUCUCGUCAUCGCAGAGCCCAGUGACCUUCGAAGAUGUGGCUGUGUAUUUUUCCAAGGAGGAGUGGGGGCUUCUUGAUGAGACUCAGAGACGCCUGUACCACCAUGUGAUGCUGGAGAACUUUGAGCUCAUGACCUCACUUGGUUGUUGGCAUGGAGUGGAAGAUGAGGGGGCCCAUUCCAAGCAGAAUACUUCUGUAGAAGGGAUGUCACAGGUCAGGAUCCCCAGUGCAAAUCCUUCCACCCAGAAGGCUGACACCUGUGAUAUGUGUGGCCCAUUCUUGAAAGACAUUUUGCACCUGAAUGAACAUCAAAGAAUAUAUCCUGAGGAGACCCUCUACACAUGUGGAACAUGUGGAAGAGAAUUUUGGUUCAGUACAAACCUUCACCAGCACCAGAAGGAGCUCAGUGGAGAAAAGCCCUUCAGAUGGGACAAGGACGAGGAUUCAUUUGUGGAAAAUCUUACAAUUCACCUGUCAGAGAAGCUCUUCACUUGUGGGGAAGGUGGUAAGGAUGCCUUGGACAGCGAUGACCUCUUCCAGCACCCAGCCAUUGACAGCAGCAGGAAGCCACAAAGGAGCACAGAGUGCAGGGAGACCUUUUCACACAGCUCUAAUCUUCAGCAGCUCACAAAAGUCCAUACCACACAGAAGCUAUUUAAGUGCAGCAACUGUGGAAAAGCCUUUCAGAAGACCUCCACCCUCCUCAACCACCUGAGAACUCACUCUAAAGAGACAACAUUUAGAUGCCCAACAGUUGGAAAUUCCUUAGAGGAGAAAUCAACCCUUGUUAAUCACCAAAAAAGUCAUGAUCGAGAAACAUGCCAUGUGUGUAAAGCAUGUGGGAAGACCUUCACUCACGCUUCUAAACUGAGGAAGCACCAGAAAUUUCACACUGGAGUAAAAUAUUAUGAGUGCAGUGAUUGUUGGAAAACCUUCAACCACAAACUCACACUUGUUCAUAACCAGAGAAUUCACACAGGAGAAAGGCCUUAUAAGUGCAGUGAAUGUGGGAAAGCCUUUAAUAACAGGUCACAUCUCACUCGGCAUGAGAAAGUUCACACUGGAGAAAGGCCUUUUGAGUGCAGCAAAUGUGGAAGAGCCUUCAGCCAAAGCUCCAAUUUCCUUCGGCACCAGAAAGUUCACACUCAAGUGAGACCUUAUGAGUGCAAUCAGUGUGGUAAAGCCUUCAGCCGCAGCUCUGCCCUCAUUCAGCACUGGAGAGUUCACACUGGAGAAAGGCCUUAUGAGUGCAGUGAGUGUGGAAGAGCUUUUAACAAUAACUCCAACCUUGCUCAGCACCAGAAAGUUCACACUGGAGAACGGCCUUUUGAGUGCAGUGAAUGUGGAAGAGACUUCAGCCAAAGCUCCCACCUCCUUCGACAUCAGAAAGUUCACACUGGAGAACGGCCUUUUGAGUGUACCGAAUGUGGGAAAGCCUUCAGCAAUAGCUCCACCCUCAUUCAGCACCAGAAAGUACAUACUGGGCAAAGGCCUUAUGAAUGCAGUGAAUGUAGAAAGGCUUUCAGCUGCAGCUCCAGCCUGAUUCAGCACUGGAGAAUUCACACCGGGGAAAGGCCUUAUGAGUGCAGUGAAUGUGGGAAAGCCUUUGCACACAGUUCCAGUCUCAUUGAGCACUGGAGAGUUCACACAAGAGAAAGGCCUUAUGAGUGCAGUGAAUGUGGGAAAUUCUUUAGCCAGAACUCCAUUCUCAUUAAACAUCAGAAAGUUCACACUGGAGAAAGACCUUAUGAGUGCACUGAAUGUGGGAAAUUCUUUAGCCGAAAGUCCAGCCUCAUUUAUCACUGGAGAGUUCACACUGGAGAAAGGCCUUAUGAAUGCAGUGAAUGUGGGAGAGCCUUUAGCAAUAACUCUCACCUGGUUCGUCACCAGAGAGUUCACACACAAGAAAGGCCCUAUGAGUGCAGCCAAUGUGGGAAAGCCUUUAGUGAAAGAUCUACACUUGUUCGACACCAGAUAGUUCACACCAGAGAAAGGACUUACGAGUGUGACCACUGUGGGAAAAUCUUCAGCCACCUCUGCAAUCUUGCUCAGCAUAAAAGGAUUCAUACCUGAAUGUAGCCUUACAGAGAUGGUCCUUCUGAGAAGAUCUUCAGUCAAGUCAAACUUCAUGCAGAAUACCCACAGAGAGGUUACCUGCAUGUACCACUAGU